AUGAAGGACCGCCUGGCCCAGCUGAAGGAGAAGAGUGACACAGGAACCGAUGACGUUGAGAUUCCAGUGGAGAAUCAGGCUUUUAUGGAUGAUUUCUUUGCUCAGAUUGAAGAUAUCCGCACCAGCAUUGACAAGAUUGAUGAGAGUGUCACAGAAAUCAAAAAACUCUACUCCACCAUCCUGUCAGCUGCUUCAUCUGAACAGAAAACACAGGAUGAAGUUGAAGCCGUCACCAAUGAGAUCAAGAAGUCGGCUAACAACGCAAGAAACAAACUGAAGAGUAUUGAGGGCCAGCUUGAGAAAGCAGAUGAAAAAGCCUCAGCUGACGUCAGGAUACGCAAAUCACAGCAUGCCAUCCUGGCCAAGAAGUUUGUUGAGGUGAUGACCCGAUACAACGAGGCUCAGAUGGACUUCAGAGAUAAGAGCAAAGGACGGAUCGCCCGGCAGCUGGAGAUCACGGGGACAGCAACGACUGACGAAGAACUGGAGGCCAUGCUGGAGGGAGGAAACUCGGCUGUGUUCAGUGCCGGGAUCAUGGAAUCUAAGAUCACCCAGCAGGCCCUGAAUGAAAUCCAGGCCCGUCACAAAGACAUCAUGAGGCUGGAGAGCAGCAUCAAGGAGCUCCAUGACAUGUUUGUGGAUAUUGCCAUGCUGGUGGAGAAUCAGGGGGGUAUGAUUGACAGAAUUGAGAGCAACAUGGACCAGUCGGUGGGCUUUGUAGAGAGGGCAGUGGCCGAUACCAAAAAGGCAGCCAAAUUCCAGCAGGAGGCCCGAAGGAAACAAAUGAUGAUCUUCUGCUGCUGUGUGAUUCUGGCCUUGAUACUCGGUUCAUUUGUCUACAGCUUCUUCAAAUAG